CACUCAACAGCGCUCUGAUCGAGUGAAGCUUACAUCGAGAGGUGGUGAGCGACUGCGGCUUUUCAACCCGAAACCUGAAGAAAAUACCAUUUAAUAAGCUUAUGACCAGUAUACUAGCAUCACAACUGAGAUUCUAAGGUUUAACCUUCAAGAAGAAUACGUCAAAUUGACCUAAAGAAGCAAGUAAUCCAGACAGGGAAGCUACCAAAUGUCCAAGAGAUUGCCAGCUAGCUAACGUAGCGAGCUUGGAUCAGUAGAAUCCUCAACCACUAUCUGGUGUGAAAACAUUGCUAUUUUGUAUCGACUUAUUCUCUGUUUAGCAACAAAGUAGCCCGCCAGGGAAUACAAUCAGAAACCAAGGUAUAUUUUAAUGUCGGGCCGCCUUACUGUAUGUAGCUUUCCAGUUUGCGAUACCAAUUACUAUUAGCGUUAGUUAGCAUGGUAGUUCUCAGUCAUUGAGAUUAAUACAGGCUAAACGAAUUAUUUGGGACUCCCUAAAAACACUCAACUGAGAUACAGCUACGACCGGAAGUGACCAUAGGUAGCAGGUUAGGAGAGCAUUUUCGCUAACACUUUUUCCUAACAUUAACCGAUCUAGUUAAGUAUACUAACAUUCAACGUUAAUUCUCCAAACAUGCUGCUUGAGUUUUCCUAACCUGCUACGAAAAAGUAACUUCCCGUUGUAGGUGUAUCAAAUUGUCUCCAAUUAUUUGCUCGAAUAAUAUUUAGUUUUGUAACUUGAUUUUGUGAAAGCUUGCUGCUUGGCCAUGUUGAAACAACAGCCCAACUCCGGUGGGCGAAAAACCUCCAACUGGACUCCGGGCCCUGUCAGUAUGUCUUCCACAGCCAGUGGGAUCAACAACAGAGCACAGGUUGGGAGGAGUCGAACCUCUGUGAAGCCACCUUUCCUGUCCUCUCCUGUGUUUGAGGGCGUCUACAACAAUGCCAGAAUGAUACAUUUCCUCACAGCUGUGGUGGGCUCCACCUGUGACGUAAGAGUGAAGAACGGCAACGUGUACGAGGGCAUCUUCAAGACCCUCGGCUCACGGUGUGAGCUGGCAGUGGACGCAGUCCACAAGCGAGGCGAAGACGAGAGGCCCGCCCUGCCCCGGAGGGAGGAGAUCACCGACACCAUGGUCUUCAGCUCUUACGACGUGGUCACCAUGACCUGCCGAGACGUGGACCUAAACUACGCCACCAGAGACACGUUCAUAGACACGUCCAUCAGCUCGACCCGUGUCAAUGGGGAACACAAAGAGAAGGUGCUGCAGAGGUGGGAGGGAGGAGAUGGCAACGGAGACGCCUUCGAUUUGGAGAACGAUGCUUCCAACGGUUGGGAUGCCAACGAAAUGUUUCGUUACAACAAGGUGAACUUCGGCGUCGAGUCUACCUACGACUCCAGCCUCUCAAUGUACACGGUCCAUCUGGAGAGGGGCAGCACGGAGGGCUUCCGGCAGCGGGAGGCGCGUGCCGCCCGCAUGGCUAGUGAGAUUGAGUCCAGCCCCCAGUACCGUCAUCGCGUCUCGUUGGAGAACGAGGAGGGCAAGAGCGAGGAGGACAAGUACAGCGCAGUGGUGCGCCGUGGCGAGCGGGGGGGGGAAAGCCCCAGGGAGAGGGAGAAAGGCUGCGACGGCCCCAGCAUAGUCAGCAGGGAAAGCAAAUACAUUCCGUUACCCCAGCGAGCUAGGGAGAUGGGCGUGUCGGGGGGCAGCAUGCGAGGAGAACGCGAGCGGGCGGAGCGAGGCCCUGGAGGAGGAAGUGCCGGACCCCAAGGUCACAACCGCAUAAGCGCCGGCUACCGCUCAGCCCCUCCCUCCUCUUCCUCCCCCAAACCUCACCUGCCCUUGGCCACUGGUGGCCCCCAGCCCCCUCCCCCCUCUUCGGAGUGCAGCAGCCCCCUCUCUGGCCGAGGUUACUCCCCCCACCACUCCCAGGUCAGCCCUGGCACUGCCAGCCCCUACGCCCCUACCUCCCCCGGGGGUCCGGCCUCGGCCAACGCCACCCCCUCUUCAGCUAGUCCCCCCACCCCCCAUUCCAACUCGCUGUCUCUGUCGGACACUGGUAGGCCCGUCAACGGAGUGUCUACCAGGAUGUCUCCCAAAUUACAGAGACCCGCCCAGUCAAACCGACCGGUCCGCACACCUAACUCACACACCCAGUCCACAGCCUCCCGCUCCCCGAAAUCUGGCUCGCAGGACCCAGUGCAGUACCUGGACACGUCAUCUGUCUCCAUGCCCGCCCAGAUAACAUCAGGCCUCGCCCCGCUCUUCCCCAUCGAUGUGAACGAGAUUCUCUGUAUGGCUGCCAAAGAACGAUCAGCAGAGAGUCCAGGCAACACGGAAGAUGGCAAGAGUAAAGCUCCCUCCAUUCAGCAAAGGUCACAAAUUGAAGAGCUGCGGAAAUUCGGCAAAGAAUUCAGGCUUCAGCCCAGCGGAUGUGGCUCCAGUGCUGCAGCGGUAUCUCCCUCUGACACGGCCAAGCCCUUUCCCUCGUACCCCAGCCCCGCCUCCUCAGACUCCAAACAGACCCUCGCCCCCCAAAGUACUUCCCAGCCCUCCGCUUCCCCCUCUGGGGACUCCGCCAAGGAACCCAGUUCCAGCGCAGCUGCCUCCACCGCCAGCCCCAUUUCAGACAGGCAAUCGCCAGGACAAUCCCAGUCAGCCAGGACCCCAGGAAGUGAAGAGUCCAGACAGAAGGCAGAGCGAGUGGAGGGUGUGAUUGAUCAAGUCAGGAAGUCAACUCUGAAUCCCAACGCCAAAGAGUUCAACCCAAACAAAAUCGCGCUCACUCUGACGAAGCCCAACCCUUCACCCACGCCCCCCCGGCCACCCCCUCCUAGCCCUGCGAUGGUGCUGCAGCACCCAGGCAGCCAGGGUCCCAUCUACAACGCCCCCUACCUCUCCUACAUCUCCCAGAUCCACUCUGUACAGCCUCCACAUAUGUACCAGUAUACCAUGUCUACAGUCUGCCAGGGGAAAUACCCCCGAGUCAAAGGCUUAGGGUUGGGGGCCCCCCGCUCGGACCAUGGCAACUCGGGCCCGCCGCAGGCCAUGCUACAGGCGGCGGCGUCUGCAGCCGGAGCCCCCCUGGUGCCGUCGCCCUACCCCCAGCCCUACCUGCAGUACAGCCAGCAGCAGGUCAUCCAGGCCAUGACGCCUUACCCUGGACAGCCGAUGUACUCCAUGCUGCAGGGCGGUGCGAGGAUGUUGGGCCAGGGAGGGAGUCACCCCCAGGCCAUGGGCCCUCCAGGGGGCCCCCAGUUCCCCGGCCAAGGUGAGGUGCCUCUGGUGCCACAGCAGGGUAUCUAUGCCCCACAGUCGUUCUCCCAUCACCAGGGUGCAGUGCACCAGCCCCGGCCCUCCAGCACCCCUACGUGUAACCAGCCCCCCCCUCAGCAGCACGCCCCCAGCCCUGGACAGACGGGACUCCAAACCCAGUCUCUAUAUCACUCGGGGCCGCUCUCAGUCCCCAACCCCCCUAAUAUGCCCCCCGGACAAACAACGCCCCAGGGCUCGUUCCCCCUUCAGGGCUACAGCCUGCAUGGCCACCAGGGAAUCACGCACACGUACCCCGGUCUGGGGCAGAUAACACAGGCUCACGUCCAAGGGGCCAUGCAGGGACCCCACCACCAGGGCCAACACGGCCACCCGCAGGUAGUGAUGCUCCAGGCCCCGCCCCCCCAGCACGGCCUUGGACAAGUCUCGCAGCACCCCCAACACGGCCUCCAGCAAGGGGCCCACCAACAUUUCUACAUAGGACAUCCACAAGCGAUGCAGGUACAGACGCACCCCUCUCCCUUCCACCUUCCUGGAAACUGAGCUCCUCUGUUCUCCCCUCCCAAAAGAACUGUCUCUCUGGAACGGUCCACCCCCCUCGCCCUCUGGACAUGACCACACCCAACCAAGAAGUGACGCAAUCACGUGACACAGUGAUGGGCUUGCAGGGAGAAGCGGCAAGACCUCAUUGGUCAGCUACACUUCUCAGCUUCAUCGUCGCUAAAGCCUCGGUUAUAGCCCAACUGAGGAUGAUAAUGAUGAUGAUAAGCAGCGCCAACAGAAGCCGCACCCAAUCCAAACCUUCGUCCCGUUCUCUCUUCCAGCUCCAUCCAUUUUAAAGACAAAAGACACGACCACGUGAGAUCAUCAUAGUGGAGAGAAAAGACAUGGACGCCAAACGAGCAAAGGACACAACGUUUGACAACAUCAAAUCGCUUUGAGACUGACUCCUUUAUAGUUUAAGUUCCUUGAUAUUGGGCGAAUGGACAGAAGAAAUACAAACACUUAGAAUUCGUUGAGUGUUGCAAAAAGGAGGAUUGAACAGAACGGCAUAAAAGAGGAGAUUGGAUUUUUACUUUAACCCGGUAUCAACCCACCCUUCCCCUUUCCUCUCAGUUAUAGCGAAUUAUGAAUAAUAAUAAUACAAAAUAUGGAAAAUACAAAAAAAAUACUUUAAACUACAAUGACCAAAAAAUAAAGUUUUAAACUUAACUACAGAAA